GUACUUAUAUACUGAGCUUCAUCUUAUUGAAUGUAGAAUAAUAUUCACUCACUACUUCACUUCCCAUAACCAUAUGGUAUGGCAGCCAUGGCUACCACCACCACCACCACCACCCAGCUCUUGUUCUUCUUCGUCUUCUCCAUUAUUCUAAUACUUCCAUUUGCUUCGAGCGUGGGCGUGAACUACGGCACGCUCGGAAACAACCUCCCCUCCCCAAAGCGAGUAGCUCAGCUCCUCCAAGCCACUCUCAUCGACAAGGUCAAAAUCUACGACACCAACCCAGAAAUCCUCAACGCCUUCUCCAACACCGCCAUCGACCUCAUUGUUGCCGUCGAGAACCACCACGUCUCCAAUCUCAGCUCCGACACCUCCCUCGCCGACCAAUGGUUCACCACUCGCAUCGCUCCCUUCAUCCCCGCCACCUCCGUAGUAGCCAUUGCAGUCGGAAACGAAUACCUGACCACGACCGACGACGGAGUCCCCGAUCCAGCCUCCCUCCUCCGAGCCAUCAAGAAUCUCCACUCCGUCCUCGUCUCCCGAGGCCUCGAUCGGAAGAUCAAAGUCACUACUCCUCACAGCAUGGCCGUACUCGCCUCCUCCUUCCCGCCAUCCUCCUCAACCUUCGCCCCAAACCUAGCUCAGUCCAUGGAAUCUCUGCUCGAUUUCUUGGCCGAUACUAACUCCCCCUUCAUGGUCAAUGCAUACCCGUACUUUGCUUACCGAGACAACCCGGAGACCGUGAAUCUACAGUACGCACUGCUCGGAAACUCAACCGGCGGCGGCGUUCGCGACCCGAAAGGCUACGUGUACUACAACAUGUUGGAUGCUCAAAUCGACGCCGUUAGAUCAGCGAUCAACGCGUUGGGGUUCGGGAACCGUACGAUCAAGAUCACGGUAUCGGAGUCUGGCUGGCCUUCGAAGGGCGACGCCGGAGACAUAGCGGCAACGAAGGAGAACGCGAAGACGUACAACACGAGAUUGAUCGAGCGAGCUCAGUCGAGCAAGGGGACUCCGAUGAAGCCGAGGGACAAAAUCGACAUUUUCGUGUUUGCUCUGUUCAACGAGAACAAGAAGAAAGGAGCGACCACGGAGAGGAACUUCGGGAUGUUCAAUGGCGACGGGUCGAAGGUGUACGACAUGGAUUUGAGCUGUGAGUUUUGCAGUAGCAAUGGGGAUGAAACGACGUCGUUUGGGUUCGGUGAGAAAGUGAAUACUGAGUUGAGAAGGGGUCCUUCGGUUUGGUGUGUGGCCAAACCCCAUGCAAACGACAAGGUUCUUCAGGGCGUUUUGGACUUCUGCUGUGGGCCUGGUGGAGUGGACUGUAGAGAGAUUUAUAAUGACAGUGGGCCCUGUUUUGAGCCCAAUAAGCUUCUUGCCCAUGCUUCUUAUGCCAUGAAUUCUUACUAUCAAAUGCAUGGAAGGAAUUUUUGGAAUUGUGAUUUCAAGGGCACUGGUCUUGUUACUUUCAGUGAUCCAAGUUAUGGGCCUUGCCGGUAUCCUCAAAUGUGAGCAAUUAAUUUUGUGUAAUAGGAUAGGAGUAUUGUAAUUUGUAAGGUAAUUUUGAAUUUAUUUCUAUGAUGUGGUUUUAAGAAAGAAUUAUCAAUAUUGUUUUUCACAGUUUCAGUUGAGGUGGAUAUCUAGAGAGAGUACUAACCCUAGAUUCAGUCCAAGAGAUUUUGAAGCAAUGUAUGAAAAACUAUCAUUAGUGUGUGAAAGUGGAAUGAAACUGUGAGCCAUUAAUAUUGUGCAAUAAGAGUAUUGGUUGGUAUUUUUGAAUGACAUAGUUUCAAUUUUGAAACCAUGUAUGAAAGCUAGUGUUACAAAUUUUGAAUAUUUUGAGUGAAAUGGGGUUGGUGUGUGAAACUGAUUCUGUUUUUUUUACCAAUUUUCUUACAUGGGUCCCCUCACGUGCUGGCUUGUCCUGCGACUGCUACAUAAUAAUAUAAGGCCCUGUCUAUUGCACGUGCUCAAAA